AUGCAGGCUCGCUUCCGCCGAGGCUUGGACGAGGAGACGCCAAUCGUUCGCAAUGAAAAGCUUCUGUCCAAGAAGGACGAGGAGGACAUGCGAUUGAGUGGCAUCCGGCACGGCAAGCGGGGCAAAGGGGUCGAGGCCUUGCUCGGGCGAAUUGAAGUCACCGACGACAAGACCAAGGCCAAGGAGAAAGACCGGGAAUACCUCUACGAGGUGAAGUGGAAGGAGUUGAGCCCCGCAGAAAACAGCUACGAGUCCGUGAGCAGGCUGAAGCAGCUGAAGGCGCUGAAGCUCGUGCAGGACCUGGAUGAUCGAAUCUGGACAGCCUGGGCAGGAAGCCAGCAGCGACCUUUGACGGAUCGCGAGAUCCUCUCUCAUCUGGAGCCGUUUGGCCUGGACGAGGACGUGGUCUGCAGUCGCAAGAUCUCCAUGCUCUCCUCUGGACAGAAGUGCAAGCUCGCGCUUGGCGCCGCCUUCUGGACCAGGCCCCACGUCGUGUGCCUCGACGAGCCGACGAAUUACCUAGAUACGGAGACGGUCGAGCUGCUGAAGCGCGCGAUCCGAACCUUUCGCGGAGGUUGCGCCGCUGUUUCGCACAGCGAGAAAUUCGUUGAAGAGGUGUGCGACGAGAUUUGGACCGUCGAUGAAGGACGCUUGAAGGUCGACCGGAAAGCCAAGAAGUGA